UUUUCUUUUUUUGUUUUAAAAAAAAGUUCCGACACUUGGGUUGCCACGAAAGGCUUCAAAUGCUUCAACAUGACGAGCGGUGGAGAGUCCCAAUCUCCGUCUGAAUGCGGAUUUGGUAGCGAAGGAUUUGACCCGUCCAAGUCUUCUACGUUCGAGCCGUAUGCCGACGUCGAUUUCAACAUUUCAUAUAGUGAUGGUGGUUUUAUGGUUGGCAAUGUUGGAUACGAUACUGUGUCGGUUGGCGGGAUGACCGUGACGCAUCAGGAGAUUGGUCUUGUCACGCAUGCAUCGUGGCACGGCGACGGAAUCAACACAGGUCUUAUGGGCCUUGCAUAUCCAGGCCUCACUAGCGUCCACGAUAGGAAGACUGGGGAUCAGGUCAUUUAUGACCCGUUAUUCUUCUCGGCCGUCAAACAAAGUGCGGUUCCUCAUCCUUACUUCUCUAUCGCACUUAACCGCGGCACAUUUUCCGCCAGGUCAAGUCCCACCUAUGAUCCGAAAUUGGGAUACUUGGGAUUCGGUGGUUACGUUCCAGUCCCCACAACCUAUCCCACCGUUACGGUUCCUGUUUUAGUUGAUACCCAAGGAACGCCCAAGUAUUUCUUCUGGACGGUCGAGAUCGACUCGUACAUCUUCCCGGGUUCAUCUGCCCUUAAGACCAGCUCCAACGCUACGAUUCUUGAUACGGGGACUACACUCAACUUCCUCCCCACCCAUAUCGCAAGGGCAUACAACUCCAAAUUCUCCCCACCGGCUACGUACGUGGCUAGCGACGGGGUAUAUUAUGUCCAUUGCAACGCAAAAGUUCCAGAGUUCUCGGUAAAAAUCGGGAGCAAGGCUUUCAGCAUUGAUGCAAGGGACCAGGUUGUUCCCACUGGAUCAAAGGAUGGGAACGGCGAGGAUAUUUGUAUAUCUGGUACUCAGGAUGGAGGUCCUGGAAACACGUUCGUCCUUGGGGAUGUGUUUCUCCAUAACGUCGUCUCUACAUACAACAUCCAUUCGAACCAAAUAACGCUUUCUCAGCGAGCCCCUUAUUGA